AUGUGUGAGAAGAUCGCCAAAAGGUUAUCUCUGUCUAUGUAUCGGAAAGAUUACGUCGUCAACAGCAGACAAGGUUUGGAGUCCCACAUUUCAACAGCCAUUAUGCUUUCUCUGUGUUUUCUAAUCUUCGUAUUGCAGGGAGUCGUGGAUUGCGUGGUUGACUGCCGCCUUCACGGUGACGGAAUUUAUCAAAUAACGUGUCACUCGUACACAUCAUGUACGAAUGGGAUAUCUACCGAUCACACCUGCGCUAACGGCCAGAUGUAUAGUCCCGUCUUAAAGCGCUGUGCUAGCACGACGAAUUUGGCUCCGCCAUGUAACGUUAAUCAUACAUGCAGUGGUCAGCCCAACAAAAGGUUUGCGGACCAAGAAACUCACUGUCAAACUUACUACACAUGUCAGAACGAGUACUUCUACGGCCAUAGUUUCUGUUCCCCGGGUACGGUAUUUGAUGAGAAGAUGCAGAACUGUAACUGGCCUGCUAAUGUGGAAAAACCUUGUGGAACUAUCGAUCCUAAGCUCGUUGGUUGAUCAGAUAAAGAUUGUUUAUGCAAAGAUUAAAUAAAUAGUCUAAUCACU